AUGCGAACUGGGUCUCGCGGGUUCUCCUCCUCGGCGGGUGUGACGUCAUCUCUACCGUCAUCACCGUACCUAUUGCUUCCUUUGGAGGAUGUGGGAGAUAGUCUCGAUGGCAAAGUGGUAAAUUUGAACUACUACGAUCCGGCAAAGAAUAAAACGGUGAAAGUUGGUAAUCAGACAAUUCCUGAGAAGAUGGGUAGUACGUGUAGCAGCUACAUCGGCUCGUCACGAGGCUGGGUAGCUCGUAUGAACACAGAAGAUCUAACCGUACAUCUAACCAAUCUGUUCAAUCCAACGGUGUCAAAGCCAUGGCAAAGAGUGAUCUCGCUACCUCCACUUGACCCUAUCCGCUCUGGUUCUCCCGGCCUGGAUCGGAUCGUUGAGGGCGUCUCUCUCUCAUCUUCGCCUGACCAACAAGACCCCGACUCGGUCACGUUGGCCGUUAAGUGGAGAGAUUCCAUCUCUUUCUGCAAGCUUAGCAAUGGAUCGAAUUGGACUCACCUCCAUUCUCUCCCUAACCAGUUCGCAGCCUCCGGUGUCCUCUUCUCCGAAAAACACGCAAGCUUUUAUCUCACUCCUAACACUUGUCUACUCCCUGGCUCGGACCCAAUCAAGAAGAUCAAAGCACGUCCCGGCCAGUUCCCUCGACUGACUCAUUACCAACAACGCGCUCCUCUCUCUAUCCCCAACCUCUCAGACUCCGAGCACCAGCUUCUGGAGAGGUGUAUCCGCAUCAAACACUUAGUUCAGUCUCCCUCUGGCGAUUUCUUCCUCAUUUAUUGGUUUAUCGAGUACACGAGUGAGGGGAAACCCAUCCCGUUCUGGGAGGUGGAGCAAAGGAAGAAGAAGGGCGGUGUCGUGGUGCCUACCACCAAGCGGUUCACAGUGCUUAAGAGAUAUUCCGAAAAUGGUGGUGGUUGCGAGUCUUACACGGAAGACAUCGGAGAUCUCUGCAUUUUCUUUGGUAAGAACGAGCUCUUCUGCGUCAACGCCACCAACUGCUCUGGACUUCAGCCUAAUUCCAUCUACUUCAUCGACAAGGGUUGCGUUUGCAUCUUCCAUCUCGCUACUCACACUUACACCCAACUCGCCAAACUCGACUCUCUCACUGUUCCUUAUUGGCUUGCUCCUCCCACCAAUCCAAUCCAUCAUGAUUUUGGAUUUUACUCAACAAUCAACAUCAUUAGAAGCAACUUAGCCGUGGAGGACAUCGAACAUCCAAACAUUGACCAAAUAAUCAAAUGGUUACGAAUGGUUUUGAGCAUUCUUUAUAAGAUUAAGACUGUUGCUGCCUGUCUCGUCGAGUUUCUCAUUGUUAGCUUCGUUGAAUUGUAA